UCUCGUUCAGACGUUCUAGAAGAUUCCCCGACCCCGGCGGCGCCACACCGUAUAUCACCGCCUCCUCCACCCUUCCUCUCCGGUCUCCAAAGGAAAGCGCUGCCCGUACUUCCCCGCUGCGGCGCUGCGAGCUUCCACCGGCCUCGACCUGCAGGGGCUGUUUGUGAUCUAGAUCUGAAGCUGUAGUGGUGGGAGCUGAGGGUGAACCGAAGAUGAGCGUGGUGGGCUUUGAUCUUGGAAACGAGAGCUGCAUUGUGGCCGUGGCCCGGCAGCGCGGGAUCGACGUGGUGCUCAAUGAGGAGUCCAAGCGCGAGACCCCCGCCAUCGUCUGCUUCGGCGACAAGCAGCGCUUCAUCGGCACCGCUGGCGCCGCGUCCUCCACCAUGAACCCCAAGAACUCCAUCUCGCAGAUCAAGCGCCUGCUCGGCCGCAAGUUCUCCGAUCCCGAGCUGCAGCGCGAUCUCGCCUCUUUCCCAUUCCGUGUGUCCGAGGGCCCUGAUGGGUUUCCGCUUGUCCAUGCACGGUAUCUGGGCGAGGAGCAGGCGUUCACCCCCACACAGCUGCUUGCCAUGGUUCUGUCCAAUCUGAAGGGCAUUGCUGAGGGUAACUUGAAUGCUGCUGUUGUGGACUGCUGUAUCGGUAUCCCGGUGUACUUCAAUGAUCUGCAGCGCAGGGCUGUUCUUGAUGCUGCCACUAUUGCGGGUCUCCGUCCGUUGCGGUUGUUCCAUGAGACGACAGCCACGGCAUUGGCAUAUGGUAUUUAUAAAACUGAUCUCCCGGAGAACGAUCAGUUGAACGUCGCAUUUGUUGAUGUUGGUCAUGCAAGCAUGCAGGUCAGCAUUGUCGGUUACAAGAAGGGACAACUCAAGAUGUUGUCCCAUACGUAUGACCGGUCUCUUGGUGGGAGGGACUUUGAUGAGGCCCUCUUUAAGCACUUUGCGGCCAAGUUCAAAGAGGAGUAUAAGAUCGAUGUGUACCAAAAUGCCCGGGCAUGCCUUAGGUUGCGUGUAGCGUGCGAGAAGCUGAAGAAGGUGCUCAGUGCCAACCCUGAGGCUCCACUGAAUAUAGAGUGCUUGAUGGACGAGAAAGAUGUGCGGGGGUUCAUUAAGAGGGAGGAGUUUGAACAGAUUAGUGCCCCAGUGCUGGAACGCGUGAAAGGGCCUUUGGAAAAAGCCUUGGCUGAAGCUGGCUUGACGACAGAAAACGUGCACUUUGUUGAGGUUGUCGGAUCUGGUUCUCGUGUUCCCGCCAUAAUCAAGAUAAUAACUGAAUUCUUCGGGAAGGAACCUAGGAGGACAAUGAAUGCUAGUGAGUGUGUGGCCAGAGGUUGUGCUCUCCAAUGUGCUAUUCUCAGCCCCACUUUCAAAGUGCGGGAAUUCCAGGUUAAUGAUGGGUUUCCUUUCUCAAUUGCUUUGUCAUGGAAGCCAGAUGCCCAGAACAAUGAAAUUCAACAUACAAUUGUAUUCCCAAAGGGGAAUGCCAUCCCUAGCACCAAAGCUAUGACCUUUUAUCGAGCCAAUACAUUCGCAGUUGAUGUUGUGAAUGUUGACACAAAUGAUGCACAAAUUGAGCCAAAAAUUAGCACUUACACGAUUGGCCCUUUCCAGUCCAGCAAUGGUGAAAAGGCAAAACUGAAACUGAAAGUCCGUCUCAACAUACAUGGGAUAGUCACAGUUGAAUCAGCAACGAUGCUGGAGGAAGAGGAAGUAGAAGUUCCAGUAUCAGCUACUAAUGAGGCUCAGAAGGAAGCUACUAAGAUGGACACAGAUGACACACCAAAUGACCCUCCUUCUGGAACUGAUGUGAAUAUGCAAGAGUCUAAAGGUGCUACGGACACUGCAGAGGGUGCUGAAAAUGGAGCACCAACUUCUGAGGAAAAAUCUGUUCCAAUGGAUACUGAUGCUAAGGUUGAGCCAUCAAAAAAGAAAGUUAAGAAAACUAAUAUUCCAAUAUCUGAAUUGGUCUAUGGUGCCUUGGGGGCUGCUGAGUUGGAUAAGGCUGUAGAGAAAGAGUACGAGAUGGCCCUUCAAGACAGGGUAAUGGAAGAAACCAAGGAGAAGAAGAAUGCUGUGGAAGCUUAUGUUUAUGACAUGCGUAACAAGCUCUAUGACAAGUACGGUGAUUUUGUGACACCUGAGGACAAGGAAGGUUUGAUUGCUAAGCUUCAGGAGGUUGAAGAUUGGCUGUAUGAAGAUGGUGAGGAUGAGACCAAGGGAGUCUAUAUCGCUAAACUGGAAGAACUUAAAAAGGUUGGUGAUCCUAUUGAGGCGCGCUUUAAGGAGUGGGAAAUUAGAGAUUCUGCUGUGAACCAACUGGUAUACUGCAUCAACAGCUUCAGAGAAGCUGCACUGUCUAAUGACCAAAAGUUUGAACACAUCGACAUAUCAGAAAAGCAAAAGGUCAUUAAUGAGUGCUCAGAAGCAGAGACUUGGCUAGCAGAGAAAAAGCAGCAGCAGGAUGCUCUGCCAAAGCAUGCUAAUCCUGUCCUCCUUGCUGCUGACCUUAAGAAGAAAGCUGAAACACUUGACAGGUUCUGCAAACCAAUCAUGACAAAACCCAAGCCAGCUCCGAAGCCACAGACUCCGCCUCCAACUGAAACCCCAGCGCCUGAACCUCAAACACCGGAGCAGCAGCAACCACAUGGUGAAAACGCUGCCGGUGAGCCAACCAGCGAGGAAGCUGCUGCUGAGCAGAUGGAUACAGACAAACCUGAGGGAGCCUCAGAUGCCACGGCCUAGAGCUUUUUAUCUUUGCGCAAUCGACCUUGUUACCUUCUGUUUUGGUUGGUAGGGGGACCAACUAGGCGAGAUGGUUGUUUGCCGCAUUUCUUUGAGGAUGUGUGUUGGGAUGUUGAGUCAUGAAAGAUGUGUUCCUUUUCUUGACAAAGGAGGUGGUUGGAUGGACGAUGAAGGAUAAGGGCAGUAAGGGGCAUCUUUCUCAGGUUUUGGUGCCCCACGGGCUCCCUGUAAUUGCCAUUGAUGAUGGGUCUGUAAGACCAUGACAUUCCGAAUUUUUCGUGUUUUUAUUGUAAAGGGCUACUUCAAAUUGUUGCUAGAAUAUCAUUCUUCAAUUUUUGUGCGUUUUUA